AUCGUUAUCAUCUCAGCCAGUACGCAUUACGCAACCCGCCUGCACACAUGCUGCUACAAGUUGGAGUUUACAUGUGUAACUUUCAGGCUUCACUUUAAACAUUCUGUGAUUGAAGAUUUGAGAGAUGGCAGCUGAGCUUGCCGGAGUGAGACGUAAGUUUGUGGAUAAGGUGUCCAACACAGUGCUGAAGCAGCUCCUGGACGACCUUGUAGGCGACGUCUUGAAUGAAGGCGAGAAAGAGUCAAUACUGGAGGAGAACCCUGCCAGAGCAGACAAGGCACGCGUCCUCAUUGACACCAUGAAGAAGAAAGGAGAUGCAGCCAGCAGGAAGAUGAUGGAUCACCUUCUCAGCAAUGAUCCGACACUUUACGCUGAACUUGGUCUGUCCACUGAUCAACCUGAUCAGCCGGCUCCAGAGCCACAGAUGAACCAAGGAUGGUCAUCCACUCUCAGGCCAACCACCGAGAAGUUCUGGAAGGAGAAAGUCAAUGAUAGAAAUAAUUACCCUGCGAGCAAACUUUCCAUGAAAAACCGUGUGGCCCUGCUCAUCACUAAUAUAAAGUUUAGUGAUGUGAGAAUGAACAGAAGAGGGGCUGAGACGGACGAGGAGAACAUGGAGAAGCUGCUCACCGCUCUGGGAUACGAGGUGGUGAAACACACAAACCUCACAGGAAAGGCAAUUAAUGAUGCUGUAAUUGAGUUCUCCAAACAUCAGAAACUUAAAGAGACGGACAGCGUGGUGGUGGUUAUCAUGUCUCACGGGAAACUGGGAACUAUCCUCGGUGUUAACUGGAAAAAAGACACAUGUGAGGAUGUGUUCCCCAUUAACAACAUUUAUAAACACUUGAACUCAAAGAAUUGUCCAGCACUGCUGGACAAACCCAAGGUCAUCAUCAUCCAGGCCUGCAGAGGAGAGGACGAAGGAUCAGCGCUGGUUAAAGAUGGAGCAGACAUGGACGUGGUCAGUGAUGAUGUGUCACAGCCAGAACUGUCUCACUUUACGGGGGACGGCAACAUUGAGGAAGACAACGUGCGAUGUGUGCACUUAGAGAAAGACUUCACUUCUCUUCUUUCCUGCACCCCUGAUACCGUCUCAUACAGACAAACAACAAACGGGUCUUUUCUCAUCCAGUAUAUUGUUGAUGUACUGAACACCUGCGCAUGUCAGGAUCACAUUGAUGAGCUUUUCAGAAAAGUCAUGCUACGCUUUGAAGAAUUUUCUGUUCAAACCAAAAGGCAGAUGGCGACCAAAGACAGAUGCAGUCUGCCAAAGCACUUCUACUUCUACCCCGGGCUCUAAGGGAAGGUUUGCAUUGUUUAACACAAACUUGAAACCGGGUUAAAAUCAUACUUGAGGUGCUACUCGGUGAAUAAAUGAUAGUUAGGACACAGGCCCUCCACGGGGCAGAGCAGAGGGAUGCAAAGACAUCAAAACAAUAACAAAGAGAUGUAAAAUGACGACAGAGAUAUACAAGGACUGCAAGGAAAUGAAAUGCAAAAUGACUGCAAAGACUUGCAAAGCAACUCCAAAGAGAUGAAAAGUGACAUCAAAAUGAUUAAGGACUGCAGGGAAUCACAAAGUGACAGCAAGGGGACAAACAAUGACUGCAAAGAGACAUCAAAUGACUUCAGGUAGAGAAAAUGUAUUAUCAAUUUUAUAUUUUUUAUAUAUAUUUUUAUUCAAGUUGCAAAAGAAACUGACAAUAAAGGGACACAAAUUGACAAAAAGGGUGAUGCAAAAUGACUUAAAAGAGAAAAAAAGACUUCUAAGAGACAAAAUGACAAACAGAUAUGGCUACAUUGUUGUGUAUGUCUUUUGUUGUAUCUUUGAUAAUAGUAAUAGAAUUUAAAGCAUUUAUAUUUUUAUAUAUAAUCAACAGCAUGUAAGAAGGAUAGGAUCCUAGUUCACUUUGAUUCUCUUGAUGGUCGAGGCAACAUUUAAAAAGGUGUUUGUUUUACUUAUCUAUGUAAUUUUUAAACCAUUUUAAAGUUAUGAGACAACGUAUGGUUGUGAACGUCAGCCUUUCAUGUAAAAAAAUAGAGAAAAAAACUGUUUAUUGUCAUUAAUUACAAAUUGCAAAUGACAAAUGAUUUUCCUAAUGUCUCAUAAUUUAAAAGAAGUGGUGGCAUUUAUUGAACCGGGAUUAUAAUGUAUCGACUGUUUUAUUACAAUUAUUUAAAUUUCUCAGAUCUUGUUUUAAUCGAUUUGCAAAAAUAAGCCAGUGCAACAUUAAGCAGACUAUAGAAGCUGCUUUUGAUUCAUAGUGUGGGGCAUUUACUUUUGUUUUUCUCUGUUUUCUUUUUGUCCAGUUCUUUAAACCACAAAUUAAAGACUUACAAUCAACACUACAGAGAA